UUCUCAUCUUCUCAAACCUACUAAAAAUUCUCAUUCAAUCAAACACUCUAAUUGGGUUGCCUACAAAGGGGAGUGGCUUCUGCUAAAACCCCAUCCUUUCUUCCUCGUCACUUUUCUCUUUUAUGUAUUUGUGAUCAACUUCUUUUGGGAGGAGUAGGCGUAAUGAUGAAGAGUAUAAAAUCUCGUUAAUCCAAUAUUUAUAGUGAGGAUAACACUCUCAUUGAUUUUAACAAUUUCUAAGCACCAUCCCCAAUUUCUCUUCUCCUAGUAAACACGUUUUCUAACAAUGGCGAGCACAAGAGGGACGGCAAGGGGUGUAACACAAGGGAUCGAGGGUGGCUACAGACAGUGGCAAGGACACAGGAAUAGGACGGUAGGCUAUGGUUCGCAGUUUUCCGGUUGGACGACGACGUUCUUCUUUUACAAUUUUCCGGAGGAGUUGGAGGCAAAAUUCCUAUGGAACAGCUUUCGGAUGUAUGGCAAGGCUGUAGAUGUGUAUAUCCCGAGCAAAAGAGAUAAGCGAGGGAAGAGGUUUGGGUUUGUGCGGAUGGCAGGGGUAAAAAAUGAGAUUCAAAUGGAGAGGCAGCUAAACACGAUGUGGAUUGGCUCGUAUAAAAUGAAAGUGAAGAUUGCAGAUGACAAGGGAAAAAAACCAGCAGUGUACAGGAAGUUACAAGGAGCAGUAAAGGACAAUGGAUCAACAAGCAAAAUGAAUAAGUUAGUCCAACCAGGGAAAUCAUAUGCCCAAGCAGUGAAGGGCAAGGGAAAGAGGGAUGAGAAGGCACAAAUACAACCUCAGGACAAGGAUGAAGAAGAAUCUGCGGAUAAGGACGAGGUUAAUAAAAGGGUAGUUGAGAAUAUGGUAGUGGAACAUUCUCCCACGGGUGAAGAGUUACACUGGCUAGAGGGUGGCAUGGUGGCAGUGGUGAGAUCGCUGGGUUUGAUAUCAGAGAUUCAGGAACGUAUUGACGGAGACGGAGGCUCAAUAUCGUUAACACCAAUAGGGGGAAGGCGGGUGUUAUUAUCUGAAAGAGUAGUAGGGUAUUUAUCUGAAUAUAUGAAGAUAAAUGAAGAGUUGUUCGAUCUGUGGUUUGAAUCCAUAAACCCAUGGGAGACGGCACCGGAGGAGUCGAGUCGUAUGGUUUGGCUGCGUAUAUCGGGAGUGCCUCUAAAGGCAUGGAAGUCUAGGAGAAUUGCAAAAAGAAUUAACUUGAAGGUAGGAGAACAGCUGUAUGAAAUAGAGAUUGCAGAGGAGGAGUGGCGAUCGGAUCCGGAUUGGUGGCUGACGGAGAAUGAUCGGAAUAAUGACCAGAAAUCGGGGUCCAAUGACUUCUCGGAUAUGGCAACGGGAAAGGAAAGCUGGGAAAAAAAUGAAACAGAGAGGGAGAUUGUAGGGGACGAAAGAGAUGGGCCGGCUAAGGGAUGUGGGCUCCAAAGGGUGAGGUCUGUUGGGCCAGAAAAGUGGAGUGGGCCGGAUAAAAGCAACAAUUAUGGACGGACAAAAGAAAUAAGUUUAGAAGGACCAAAUUUAAUCACCCAAAUCCUGAAAGCAACAUCAGUAACGCAGAAACCAGAAAACAGAGCACCAACGAACAAAAAGCAGCGCCUUCUCCAAGAGUGUUACCCAGGAAGCAUGGAGGAGAUCUGGGCGAAAGAGACUCCGCUGGUGACAUCCAGAUCAAGACAGCGACAGUCACGAAGGGUGGAUGACCGAAGAGCAAAGGAAGACAAGGUAUGCAUAGAGGGUAGUUUGUCUAUUUCGGAUGGGGAUAUUGUAAAUAGAAAUAGGGUGAUCCAAAGGGAGUUGAAUCUGCAUGAGGUUGAUAGAGGCAGAGGAUCGAGAAAGGGCAAAGAGGAGAGACGGGUUGGGGGUAUAGUGAAGAGGAAGGAAGUGGGAAAGCUGAUUAGAGAGGAAAGGCCGGACUUUCUAUUAUUGCAGGAAACGAAGUUAGAGAGGAUAGAUAUGGGUAUUUGCAAACUUUUAUGGAACUCUGACGAGUUCGAAUGGGUUGCGAAGGCCUCGUCUGGAGCAUCAGGGGGACUGCUAUGUUUAUGGGACAGAAGGAAUUUUGUUAAGAGCGAAGAGUUUACAGGGGAUGGAGGGCCUGAGGAGAGGCGAGGGAAAUCAGGGGUGAGUGCAGAUAUGUGGGAUUUUGAGGAGUUCAUUGUAACAAUAGGCCUGGUGGAUGUUAAAUUGACAAAUAGACGAUUUACAUGGUAUAAACCAGAUGGAACAGCAAGAAGCAGACUAGACAGAUUCUUGUUGAGUACUGAGAUGUAUAAUAGGGGAGGAGAAUGGAUACAGCAGGGGCUGCCAAGAAACAUUGAGGAUCAUUGUGCAACGGUGUUGAAAUCCAAAUCAACAGAUUGGGGACCAAGGCCUUUUAGAGUCUUAGAUGCAUGGCAACAACAUCCAGGAUUCAAGAAGGUUGUAGAAGAUAAGUGGAGAGAGAUGGCAGUGGAGGGGUUUGCAGGGUACAAAUGCAAACAAAAGUUAAAACUGUUGAAAGAGUUCUUAAAAGGUUGGAACAAGGAAGUUUUUGGAAACAUGGAAGCCCAGUAUGUGCAGGCAGUUAAAAAAAUAGAACAGGUUGAUAUGCAGAACGAGGUAGCUGAGCUGGAGGAAUUAGAAAUUGUUAAAAGGCAAACAGGCUUCUCUGAGAUGUGGGAUGUUUUGAGAAAAAGAGAACUAAUCUGGAAGCAGAAGUCAAGGAGCAGAUGGAUAAGAGAGGGUGACGCCAAUACUCGUUUCUUCCAUAAAGUGGCCAACGGGAGAAGGGCGCAAAAUAAUAUUGCUGGCUUAAUGAGCGAGGGGACCAAAGCCCGAGGGGAUCAAGUUUCAAAAGAUUUCAGAGGGAAAAAAGAAUGGCUAGAAAGACCGUUUUCGAUUGAAGAAAUUGAGGAAGGUUUAAGGAGCUGUGACAGUUCAAAGGCACCGGGACCGGAUGGGUACAACUUCAAGUUUCUUAAAUUUGCGUGGCAUUGCAUUAAGGAGGAUUUCAUCAGUUUUUUCUCGGAGUUCCACCGAAAUGGUAAACUGGUGAGGGGUCUAAACUCUUCUUUUUUGGCUUUGGUCCCUAAAAAAUUGAAUGCUGCAAAUUUAAAGGAGUAUAGACCCAUUAGCUUGAUAGGAUGUGUUUAUAAAUUAUUAGCGAAGGUAUUGGCUAAUAGAUUGAAAUCGGUGAUGCCAGAAAUAGUGAGUGAUACUCAAUCCGCUUUUGUGGGGGGUCGCCAAUUGGUUGAUAGUGUAUUGGUGCUGAAUGAGGUAGUAGAUGAGAUAAAGACCAGGAAACAGCCAGCCUUUGUUUUUAAGGCUGAUUUUGAAAGGGCAUAUGAUUGUGUGGAUUGGUCCUUCUUAGACUGGAUGAUGGAUACUUUUGGUUUUGGAACAAAGUGGAGAGGAUGGAUCAUGGAGUGCCUUUCAACGGCGAGAACUUCGAUUUUGGUAAAUGGAAGCUCGACAAGGGAAUUUGAGGUUGGUAAAGGAUUACGUCAAGGGGAUCCUUUAUCUCCCUUUCUUUUCUUGAUGAUCGGUGAGGGGUUACAAGGCUUGGUACAGAAAGUAGUGGCGGAAGGAAUGCUAGAUGGAAUCGAGAUUGGAAAGAAAGGGAUGACCGUGUCUUUACUUCAGUUCGCCGACGAUACAAUAAUUAUGGGCAGAGCGGAUGUUGAGAAUACUCGAAUGGUGAAGGAUGUUUUAAGAUGGUUUGAACUUAUGUCUGGUCUGCGGAUAAAUUUUAACAAGAGCAGUAUAUAUGGCUAUAAUGUGUCGGAGGGAUGGUUAAAGGGAUCAGCCGGUAUGCUACGAUGUGGAGUAGGCCAAACACCCUUUCUUUAUUUGGGUUUGCCCAUUGGCAGUAAAUCCGGAAGCAAGAAGGUGUGGGAGCCGAUGGUGAAUAAAUUUCGUGCAAAGCUGGCUGCAUGGAAGGCUACUACUCUUUCCUUUGAAGGUCGCCUAACCUUAUUGAACUCGGUACUCUCUGCGUUGCCUAUUUUUUAUAUGUCUUUGUUUUUACUACCAAAGUCUGUUCUUGUGGAGCUGAUUAGUAUACAAAGGAGAUUCCUAUGGGGUGGGUCAGAUUUAAAUAAAAAGAUUUCAUGGGUGAAAUGGGAAUAUAUUUGUCGUGAUAAGGGGAAAGGGGGUUUAGGGGUACCAGAUAUGCGUAGGAAAAAUUGGGCAUUGUUAGGAAAGUGGUGGUAUAGAUUAGGAGAUGGGGUUGAGAACUUAUGGAAAAGGGUGGUGAGGGAGAAGUAUUAUGGAGGUAGGAGUGAGGUCGAUAUUACAACGAUUGAGGGCCCGAGGGUGUCAAAGCUGUGGAGGGAUAUUAUUAGAAUGGGGGGUCACUCUUCGAGACUAAAGAAUAUGCUAGUGGAGGGGUUCAAGUGGGAAGUGGGUGAGGGAAAUAAGGUGGAUUUUUUGCUACAGCGGUGGGUUGGAGAUAAAACUCUUAGGGACUUAUGUCCAAGAUUAUACACUCUAUCGGUUAAGAAGGAAGGAAAGGUUUAUGAAAUGGGAAGAUGGAAUGAGGGUAGAUGGUGUUGGCGUGUUGAGUGGAGGAGAGGUACCAUAGGGCGUGAGAAGGAUGAGGAGGAGGUGCUGGAGAGGACGUUGGAGGGUGUUCAUGUGAAGGAAGGGGUUGGGGAUGUUUGGAAGUGGAGACAUGAGACGGAUGGUAGAUAUGUUGUAAAGAUAGAAUAUGACUAUUUAGAUUCUAUGGAAGGAGUAUUGGAGGACCAGAGUACAGUAGGAAAGGAGAUGGGCUCUUGUGUUUUUCUGGCAACUGCUUGGUAUAUAUGGUAUAGAAGGAAUACUCUGAUAUUUCGAGAAGAUGAAGGAAUUCCAGAGAAAAUGCUGGAAAGGGUGCAAGUAAAAACCUUUUCAUGGUUGAAGUCUAAAGUGAAGGGAUGCGUUUUUUCCUUUUAUGAAUGGCAAUAUUGUCCGAUGGAAUGUGCAAAGGCUGUCAAAAGGCAUAAAAGGAUGAGGAAGCAAUUCUCAAAGGCAGUAGUGGCCCCUAGCUAACGGAGGGGAGGUUCACAAUCUGCUCUCUUAGUCUGCUGUAUGGGUCCUGAAGGGCUGGAAUCGGCUUAGAGGUAUUUCCUUCUCCUGUAGACUUUCUUGAUGGCUGUCCUGAGCUUUUGUGUUUCUUGAAUGUAGUAGGUUAAUUGUGUUGUGUAUCUUGUUUCCUCUGGACUGUACUCUGUUUCUGGGAGUAUUUCUUAUGCUCCUUCACUAAUACAUAUGGUAUGUUGCU